AUGACUUCUUCGAAAAAAGUAAUCACGCUCGUAUCGGCCGAAGGAGUUUCCUGUACUGUUAACCGAGAUGUAAUUUGCAUGAGUAACGUCAUUAAAAACAUCCUCAACGAUAUUGACGAUGAAAGCGAGCCGAUUCCCUUGCCAAAUAUAAAGACCAAUGUUUUAAAUAAGAUAAUCGAGUAUUGUAAACAUCAUUAUAACAAUCCUCCGUCGCAAAUUCCACAACCUUUAAAAUCAGCACAACUCAACGAAGUUGUUUCCGAGUGGGAUUAUGAAUUUGUCAACGUCGAUAAGGAAUUCUUGUUCGAACUAAUCCUCGCUGAGAACUUUUUGGAUAUAAAGCCUUUAUUGGAUUUAACAUGUGCUAAAGUUGCUUCUAUGAUCAAGGGUAAAACCCCUGAACAAAUUAGACGUGAAUUCGAUAUUGUCAACGACUUCACACCCGAAGAAGAAGCUAAAGUUUGUCCACAUACUCAUAUUUACUAUCUUUAUAUAUAUAUUAUGAGAAUUAUGAAUUGA